AUGAUUCUCGUGCAGGACAUGUUUAUUGGGGGGACUAAGACUUCGUCAACAACUAUAAAAUGGGCGAUGUCAAAAAUGAUGAGAAACCCAAGAGCAAUGGAGAAGGCACAAGCUGAGAUUAAACCUAAAUCAAGAAAAUCUUGCCUGAGUUCGCUGGUUCGUUGGUCGGUGAUCGCAGUGGCUGAUCGAUCGCAGUUGCCUGAGUUCGCCAGAGUAGCCUGGUCGUUGAACGGUGAUUGUAGUCGCCUGGUCGCUGGAGCCUUGGUGGUCAGGUGGUGCCUUCUUCUGGACUGGAGUUAUGCGAUUUAG